AUGAAAAGGGUGCAGAGAUUUUGGAGCUCUUGGCACGAAGCUAUUGAAGUGGUGAUCGUUGGCUCAAUUUUCUCGGUUGGGGCCAACCUAUUGCGAGUAGUCGGAAACAACAUCGCCAGUCAACGGGAGAUUGACCUUCGGACUCACACAAGAAACAUGACGAGCGCCUUCGAGAUUGAUGGCCUCACGUGGCUACAACUCACUCAAUCGGCAGACUAUCCAGAGAGUUGGAUAAUGCCCAUGGCCAUACUUAUUAACUUGGCCACUUUAUAUUUCACUGUUCGAAAUGACGAGCUCAUUCUGGCUAUCAGGGUGAUUGCAACCGGAGAGAGUUUCAACCGUCUCGGAUAUAUGUUAGUCAAAACCACAGUCGACUUUUGUGGAUUUUUUGUGGAUCCACAGUGCACCAACAUCCCUUUUGUUAAGCCUAUUGUGCGAGACAUCAACAAGGUUCUACUUAUUAACAUGUUUCUACAAAUGAUCAUCUCUUUCAGUCGAUUCAUGGCCGUUUCUUUUGGGGGACGAUAUUUCAGUUACGCUCACAAAUGGCCAUUUGCUCAGUUGGCCGUUGGCUAUGUGUUAGCGGCUGGGGCAAUUGUUUUGACCAAACAUUUAUGGGAUAUUUACCUCUUUGACUAUUGGGGCAUUCUCGCAACCAUCACCGUUUGCUUUAUGGUGACCAUGGAUUGUUUUACUUUUCGGGCGUUUCGAAAUUGGAAGAAAGCAAAACCGGACGCAGAGAGGCGAUUGAUGUAUCAGGUUGAGUGCUUUGUGUUGAUGAUGUGCAGCUCGUUGAUUUAUCUUAUUGACUAUGUGGGCACAAAUGUCUUCGUCAUUCUGACAAUCGAGUUCGAUCUGACCGGUCCCACCCCUGACCAGCCUGAUUCUUUCCUAUUUCUCCCUUACACGUAUGGUUCUUUACACGCUCGGGCAAAGCUUGAUUGGUCUGAUAUUCUUGAGAAAGAAGAAAAGAAAGGCAAAGAAGAAAGACAUCGUCGCGGACAAAGGCUCAACAAUGGU